GCUAGUCUCUCCCCUAUCGGCUCUUCUCUGAUGUGCUGAUUCUCUUCUCCUCUCCUCUCUCUCCGGCUCCUGAUAUUCGACGCUGGAGCGACAAAGAGACGGCACUCUUCGGUCAACCGCCCAACCGACCUGACCUUUUACCUCCCCUUUGCUCCUGCUCCUGCUCUACACCAGCUGCGGAAGUAUAGAUACACACUCAAAAGCCAUCGUCUCCCCUCCUCGUAGUCAUUAGAUCGAAUUACAACAUUUACACACACACACUGGACGGCAGGAACAUAAUGGACGAGUUGGUGAUGAUGAGGUCAGUUGGCGUAGGAGCCGGAAGCGCCGGUGCUUCAAUUAUUUCCAGCGUCAGAUCGUUACCAGAAAAACCGCGGCGAACAGGUGACCGAUUAUUGGAUAUUCCCUGCAAAGUUUGCGGCGAUCGCAGUUCAGGCAAACAUUACGGCAUCUUCAGUUGCGAUGGUUGUUCGGGAUUCUUCAAGCGCAGCAUCCAUCGAGCCCGGGUCUACACUUGCAAAGCCCAGGGCGACCUGAAAAAUUGCUGCCCAGUCGACAAGACUCACCGCAAUCAAUGCCGAGCUUGUCGCCUCCACAAAUGCUUCGCAGCCAACAUGAACAAAGAUGCAGUUCAACACGAACGGGGUCCUCGUAAACCGCGUUUGAAAGAUUCGCUGAUGGCCGCCGAGCGAUCCAGCGUCCAUCAUCAUUUCGGCGGCGGCGGCGGCGGUGUUCCCAUAUCGGCGGCCGGCUGCCUAUCUAUGGGCAACCACAACAACAACAACAACAGUACUCAACAGCAUUUAACGACUUCCUCGACUUCAUCAGGACUGGUCACUAGCACGACGAGCAGCAGCAAUACUAGCUCGGCCGUCAUCAUCAAAUCGCUAACGUCUCAUUCGCGCCAUAAUAGCGCCGGAAUGAUGUCGUCAACUCCGCCCGGAUGCUGUUCGUCUUCUUCGUCGACUUGCACUCCGCCGCCUCCGCCGCCAGCAGCGCCUCCUCCGCCGGCCAUGAAUCUCUCGUCGACGUCCAGCGCGGCUUCGUCCAUCAUUUCCAGUUCGUUCGUCCCGUCGUCCUUUCCGCAUCCGCAUCAUUUACCUUUGCUGCAACUGCAUCCACCUCCGCUUCCGGCCGGUCUCAAAGGAUCUGCGGACGUCGGGAUCUUGUCGGGCGCUUGCAAUCCUUCGUCGUCGUCCUCUCUGUCCAGCUCCUUUCUACUCAACGCGGCCGUUCAACACCUUCCGGCGCUCCAUCUUUGGCCGACGCUCCACUUGCAACAGGACGGCGCCAAAAAUCACGCCGAUUUGAUGCUGGGUUCCAGCCAUUUCAGCCGGACGCCGCCCUUGUUUGACUCGGCCAGCUUGAUGCUCCAUCCAGCCAUGAUGGCCCUGGGAAGUUCUUUCCCAUUCGGAAGCGCUGGAACAACAACAACAACAACAUCACCCGGCUCCUACGAGCUUCUCCAAGAAACUUCGGCCAGGCUUUUAUUUAUGGCGGUUCGUUGGGUUCGUUGGCUGACGCCGUUCCAGACUCUGUCGAGAGCCGAUCAGCAGCUCCUCCUCCAAGAAUCUUGGAAGGAGCUUUUCCUUCUCUAUCUGGCCCAGUGGUCAUCGCCCUGGGACUUGGGAGCGAUUUUGACUCAGCGGUUGAUGAACCGCCAGCAACAGCAGCAGCAACAACAACAGCACGGCGGAAUGCGGAUGAUGCAGGCCGACGAUCUCCUGCUAGCGACGGAAAUCAAAACGAUCCAGGAAUUGAUGAGCAGGUACAGGCAACUUUCUCCCGACGGAAGUGAAUGCGGUUGCCUCAAAGCGAUCGCUGUUUUCAAACCAGAAACGGGAGGAUUGUCCGAGGUCCGGCCAGUUGAAUUGAUGCAAGACCAAGCCCAGUGUAUUUUGGCCGACUACGUACGCCAUCGGUAUCCGAGACAAUUGACACGAUUCGGUCGGCUGUUGCUUCUUUUACCUUGUCUCCGGCUGGUCCGUUCGUCCACCGUCGAGCUGCUCUUCUUCAAGGACACACUGGGAGAAGUGGCCAUUAACCGCGUCCUGGACGACAUUUAUUCAGGUGACACUGGCAUUCACCAACACGGAAACAACAACAACAACAACAACAACAACACUAGCAAAUAAAUAUCGUAUCGCAUAUAUAUCUAGUCACAAUCACAUUAUUUAUGCAUUAUUUGCAUACGAAACUAUGUUAAUUACGUCUGUGCAAAUUUUGGUUUGGUUUCAUCGAUGGGCGCGUCUGUUUUCUUAUUAUUAUUCAUGCGCAACAACAAAUACCGGUGUGUCGUCAUUAUCAUUUCAAAUCCCAAUUCCUCCCUGCCCCCCCCCCUCCCCCAUGUUAUUACCAUUCAUUCACUUAAAGUAUAAACAUCGAUCUGUCUGUC